AUGUCGUUUCAAAGUAUUCCAAUUAUCGACUUAUCUAAGGCAAGUGAUCCAAACACAAAAGCAGAAUUCUUGAAUGAACUUCGAUAUGCUUUAAUAGAAGUUGGAUUCUUUUAUCUUAAAAACUAUGAAUCUGUAGGACCUUCCAAAGAGGAUUUCAAAGAUAUUGCCCGUGAAUCCGCAGAAUUUUUUAAUCUCCCUGAAAAAGUUAAAAAUGAAUGUGAAAUGAUUCAUUCCCCACACUUUUUAGGAUACACUAGAUUGGCAAAUGAAAUCACAGCUUCCCAAACUGAUUGGAGAGAACAAAUUGAUCUUGGAACUGAAUUGCCUGCACCAAAGGAAGGUGAGCCAAUCUACAAGAAUAUCGAGGGUCCAAAUCUUUGGCCAGAUUCGCAAUAUGCACCACAUUUCAAACCAGUCAUACAGAAUUAUAUCUCCAAGAUGUCUACUCUUAGUACGAAUGUCAGAAAGCUUGUAUGUGAAGCCAUAGGAUUAAAACCAAGUGCAUUGGACUCUUACUUUAAGCCAAAUCAACAAGCCAAAUUGAAAAUCAUCGCCUACCCAGAUACCCAAGAAUUGUCUUCAAAAUCAUCAGCUGCUUUGGACGAUUCUCCAUCCACUGGCCAAGGUGUUGGUCCACAUAGAGACUCUGACUUGAUCACAUUUAUUUAUCAGGUUACUCCACAUCAAAACUCUUUGCAAGUUCAAAAUUUCCAAGGUGAAUGGAUUACUGUGAAAAACAUUCCAGGAACUCUUGUGGUUAAUGCUGGCCAAACUUUGGAAGCAAUUACUUCCGGUGUAUGUAAGGCCACCAUCCAUAAGGUGUUGAUUCCUGAAGCUGGUUCUGGAACUAGAAUCUCAGUUCCAUUUUUCCAAACUAUUGACUUGGACGCUAGAAAGACAGCCGUGGAAAAUAUUCCUCAAGAAAUCCUUGAUCUUAAGAAUAAAAGAGAUGAAAAGAUCAAAGAUUGGGCAGUUGAUAUCGGAUUUCAAUUCAUACCUGAUAUUUCAAAGUACCCAGUUGGUCAUGCAGUGUUCCGUAAUAGAAUAAAAUCUCAUCAAGAUGUCGCUGCAAAAUGGUACCCGGACAUUUUAAAGGAAGUUUUAGCAGAAUAUACUAAAUAG